AUAUCCCUCCGCCCUCCGACGCAGUUGUCAAAAACCCUGGCUAGUUUGUAAACACCGUCGACGACAGAUUUUCUCGGAGAUUUUUUAAGACCUUCCAGGCCGUCAAAAUGAAGUUUAUGUACAAAGAAGAACAUCCCUUUGAGAAGCGACGGUCCGAAGGGGAGAAAAUCAGAAAGAAGUACCCGGACAGAGUGCCUGUGAUAGUUGAGAAAGCUCCCAAAGCCAGAAUAGGAGAUCUGGACAAGAAGAAAUAUCUCGUCCCUUCUGACCUCACAGUGGGCCAGUUCUAUUUCCUUAUUCGGAAAAGGAUCCACUUGAGGGCAGAGGAUGCCCUCUUCUUCUUUGUCAACAAUGUCAUUCCUCCCACAUCAGCCACAAUGGGGCUCCUCUACCAGGAGCACCAUGAAGAAGACUUUUUCCUUUACAUUGCUUACAGUGACGAAAGCGUCUAUGGGGAUAUUCUGAGAGAUGUGUAACCAAUUUACUAACCUUAAACUACCCUACUCUAAAAAUAAAAUGAUCAGUGCGUUAGGCCACGCUAAGUGUACAUGUUGAAUGCACUUUCAUAUCCUCCUCUUAGUCUGUUUAUGAAAUCUUGUUUGUACACUUUGCUGCUUGCAUAUUGUUCCUUCCUACUUCAAAGUUCCCCCUCAGUCUUGCUUUUAGGCAGACCUGACACAUCCUUUUUCCCAGUCAGGUUGGAUAAAUUAGUGGUAUUCAUAUCUGUUAAGCUUAUUCAAUGUUAAAAAAUUAUCUAUUCCUUUCACGUUUCCUCACUGUUUCUCUGCGUCGGCAUACAGCAUAUUCCGCAACCGCUUUAUGCUACAGUCUUUAAUGUUAGGUUGGAUUUAAUGUUUAGCCACCACGUUUCACAGACCAAAACCACUGAUAAUACUGGACUGUCAUACCAUGUAAUGUUCAAUUUGCGUGUGAGUGUGAGCGUGUUUGUGUACAUUUGCCAAUAAUUUUUAUUUUUAAAUGGCUUUGAAAUGCUGUUUAUUUGAAUAAAGUGGUUAAAAUGAUACAAAAAUUCUUGUCAGCUGAUACAGUGUAGGGAAGGGGUUAUAAAACGUUUUGAUGCCAGGGACCCCUUUCUGAGAUAUAAAAGCUGCUUUACAUUUUCAUGUAUAAAUACCAACUGAUACUGGGUGAGAAAAAUAUUAUGAGUGAUAUUAUAAAAUGUGUUAUUUGCUAAAUGAAAUAAUUGGCUUUUAUAUCACCACUGUACUAGAGCCAAAACAAAUUAUUUAAAUGUAUCUGGAAAAUAUUUUCAUUGUAUUAAAUUGACAAUAUAUCUUUUUUCUGCCCAGUGCUCACUAUUAGUGUAGUAUUAGGUAUAAACAGAAAACAUAUUUUCAAUUGAAAUGUAUUUGUAGUAUUUAGAAAGUAAAAUGAAGCAGUACAUUUAUUACACUUUUUAUCUGAUAUUUUCUGUGGACCCCCUAGAAGCCCCUUGAGGACCAACGGGGGUCCCAGACCCAAGUUUUAAAACCCCUCCUAUCAUUAUUAAUAUGGUUAAACGUUUAUGUUCACCAAUUGUUGGCCUAUUUUUUAUUCGCUUGUUUGAAAUAUGGAUUGGUGUUUUGUUUCUUUAUCCAUGAAAGCUUUAAUUGUCAUGUGGCCACCAAUCUUAAGCGUGCCACCAUUAUAAACCUGAUGUUAAACUCUG